UCUUGGAAUAGAAAUGGCUCGAGAAUGUCAUGCCUUAUCGCCUGAAACUUAUAUUGUCGAGGAAUCUAGGCAGUUUGAUGGGGCUUGUGGAACUGAGCGGCUGACCCAACCGUCAACUGCCCCAGAAGAAGAUCAUGACUCUGCCAAGGAGAUCUCUGGAAAUGAUUUAGACUCAAAUGUGCAAGUUUCUGCGCAUCAACUUUCAGCUCCUAGAGCCAAAGGAAAAAAGCAAAAGGCGAAGAACACUCAAGGAUUUAGACCAUCUUCACCCUCGCCUAGUGCUUUCAACUCAUCUGAAUCCAUCGACGGUGGUGUCAGCUCAAGUAGCACCUCUAUGGAAGCUGCAUUCUCACAAAUUUUGUCCAUGCAUGAGAUGCUAAAUCAGCUUCUUAAUAUGCAAAAAGAAACACAAAAGCAGAUGGGUAUGAUGGUCGCUGUUCCUGUUACCAAAGAAGGAAGAAGACUCGAGGCUGCCUUGGGACGGAGCAUGGAGAAGGCUGUCAAGGCCAACUCCGAUGUCUUAUGGGCUCGUUUCCAAGAAGAGAGUGCAAAACAAGAGAACUCACUUCGUGAUCGUACUCAACAAAUAACCAAUAUGAUAUCUAACUGCUUUAACAAGGACAUGCCGGGGCUAAUUGAAAAAAUAAUGAAGAAAGAACUGGCAGCUGUUGGACAAGCCGUCACACGCAGUAUUGCCCCUACAGUUGAGAAAGCUGUAUCAACUGCUAUUUCAGAAGCCUUCCAGAAAGGAGUUAGUGACAAGGCAGUGAACCAACUGGAGAGAACAGUUAGCUCCAAACUCGAAGCUUCUGUUGCUAGGCAAAUCCAAGCGCAAUUCCAAACCUCUGGCAAGCAAGCACUUCAGGUCAGCAUGAGCAUGCGAUUCUUUAUUUAGUUAAUGCCACUCAGU